AUGGCAGAUCAGCAGCAGGACACGCCGCUCUCGAUAGUGGCGUCGAUUGCCGGCAUUCUCACGUUCUUCGUCGCGCUGAUAGCAGCAGUCUAUGCGCGCUUCACUUUUCUACGGAACAGCGACGAUGACUUCUUCAAGGUCAAGACGUCGUUGCUGUGGUACAAGACCGAGUCGACCUGGCUUUCAGAGCUUGUGCGCGCGACUGCGGACUCGGCAGGGGACGGGCCCUUCCGGGACCAACUGAGCAGCAGUCGCACUGGACUCGACGUUGGGCGCGAAAGCUACCGCGGGACUGCCGAGUACCAGAUGUAUGCCUUUGUGAUGGACGACCUGAUACGCCUGGAGGAGCGCCUGCUGGAGCUGGUGGCCGAGACUGAGGAGAAAGCUGGGACGGAAGAGAAGGAGGCCAGCGAUUUCGGAAAGCCAGGCGCCGAGAAGAGCGCCGCAGGAGCCGAGAGAUGGACCCUGGUGCCCAAGGGAUGGGGCUGGAGCUGGAAUCGCACGACAAUUGCAAUGGCAUGGAUGCCGGUCCGGAAAAAGGCUCUCGAGCUCGUGAGGCAGCGGGAUGCACUGACUGCCCGAGUGCUCUUCACGCAGAUGAGCAUGAUAUCAUCGCGCAUCCGUGAACUGGAACAGAGAGCAGUACACAGGAGACAAAGCAGUGGUGAAGAAGCUCUGAGAAGGCUGGAGGAGACCAUCAAAUCUCAGCAGGAACAGAUUCAACGCCUCGAGGCCGCGGUGUAUCGCACUGCGCAAAACAGCUCGCUCAGGUGA